UAAAUCUAAAUUGUUCCUCAAGAACAUAUUUUCUGAUCAUCAUCAUGAGCCACAUUAAGCAUCAAUUCUCCAGUGGAUCCUCAAAUAGAAGCUGUCACAGUGGUGGACAUUCCCAAAAUGUCACUAAACAUAAAUCUUUAGCUCACUGCGGAAUCUCGCAUAAAAAACAACAUGGAGGCACCAACCUUUCUAGUUAUGGAGGAUCCCAUCUUUCACACCAUGGUGGAUCUUACACUCAAAACCAUGGGAUUUCCCUAACUUCUCAUCAUGCAGGAGCAAACCUUUCCCACCACGCAGGCCAUUACCGAGCCCCAAGUGUGCAUGGUGGUUCAGGAGGUAGGGGAAUCUCCAUCUCCAAGCAUUCAUCCUUUAGCCAUGGUGUCCACAGUCAUGAUACUAGCUUUGGAAAGAGAGAUGGUAUUUUCAGUGUUAAUGAGAAGGAAACUAUGCAAUCGUUGAAUGACCGCUUGGCAUGCUAUAUGGAGAAGGUUCGCUCACUGGAGAACGAAAAUACCCAGCUGGAGAGGAAUAUCAGAGAAUGGUAUGAAAUAAACCAACCCAGUGCUUUACCUGAUUUCAGCAACUUCUUCAGGAUCAUACAGGAGGUCCAGUGUCAGAUCUCCGGAGCAACAGUAGACAAUGCCAGGAUUGCUCUUCAAAUAGACAAUGCUCGUCUGGCUUCUGAUGAUUUUCGAAACAAAUACGAGAUGGAACAAAGACUAAGGAACAAUGUUGAGGGUGAUGUGAAUGGCCUGCGCAGAGUCCUAGAAAGCUUGAAUCGUGAAAUAUGUGACCUUGAGCAACAGGUUCGAAACCUGCAGGAAGAGCUCCAGCAAAUGAGGAGAAACCACGAGGAGGAUGUGAAUGCCCUAAGAGCCCAACUGGGUCAGAGAGUCAGUGUGGAAGUUGACGCUGCUCCAUCAAAAGAUCUGAAUAGAACCCUGUCUGAGAUCCGACAGCAAUAUGAAAACUUAAUGGACAGAAACCUACGGGAGGUAGAAAAUAUGUUCCGGCAACGGAGUGAAGAGCUGAAUCGUCAAGUGGAAUCUGGUUCUGAACAACUGCAGACAGUCCAAACUGAACUCAUUGAUUUGAAGCGCAGUGUGCAGACUUUGGAGAUUGAGCUACAGAGUCAACUAAGCAUGAAAUGUGCUCUGGAGGGCUCAUUAUCAGAAAUAGAAUCUGGAUACAGCUCCCAGCUCUCCCAGCUACAAGGUCUAAUCAACAAUGUAGAAUCUCAGCUAGGGCAGAUCCGAUCUGAUCUGGAGCAUCAGAAUCAUGAGUACAAAAUACUUAUGGACCAAAAGACACAUCUAGAGAUGGAAAUUGCCACCUACAAACAUCUUCUGGAAGGACAAGACAUCCAUGUUUCAAAUAAUUCUUUCUUGGGUGGAAAACAUGGAUCUCAUAGCAACAAUAGCGCUCAUCAUCACAAUGAAGGACAUUCUCACCAAUCUAAAUGCUAAAAAUAUAGUUCAGAAAGGAUUCAAAAGAUCUACGAUGAACACACGAUGAUUCUUCUUCUUUAACUUUUCACUCUCUGUACUUUCAAAUUACCAUUAAUGCUAUGGUUUUCGAUGCCACAAUAUGUCUCCUAAAUAAUCCUUUACCCAACUCAAAUACAAUUCAAUUUUGAUUGACAUGACACAAACUUAGAAUUAAUCAGACAGGUUUAAAAAGAACUAUUGUACCACUUUAUACUACAACUACUAACACAACUACUAAGAAUAAAUUGCUAUGGCCUUGAAAUAAGUUA